AAUAGUUUGAUUUAAUUCUAGAUAUGACUCGAGAGUCUUCGCUUCAAUAUUCAAAUACUUCUAUAUAUGUGUGUGUACGUAUCCUAAAGUCUCUCAUUUCACACCGAACUUCUUCGUUUCUAUAAAUACAUUCUUUCUGCAACCCUCACUCAACCACCAAAUAACUGUCAGCAACAAUGUCUAAAGCCACCGCUCUCUUCCUUUUACUCUCUCUACUCCUCUUCUCCUCCUCCCUCUCCUCUGCCUCCCGGCCCGAACCCACCACCACAAGAACACCAAGCAAGGACGUUGAGAUUGAAGAAGGGUGUGACGGAGUUGGUGAAGAAGAGUGCAUGAUGAGAAGGACCCUUGUUGCGCAUCUUGAUUAUAUUUACACACAGAAGGCGAAUCCAUGAAGAAAUAAUUAAAUCCCAUCUUUAGUUAGUUGUAUUUGUAUUACACCAUGUCAUGUCUGUAUCUAUGUAUUUUUUAAAGGGUGCGAAUAGUUUUCUUGUAUCAUUUCGAAAGUAUUAAGUUAUUCUUUUGAAAAUGAGCUUGAUGUACUUAUACGACUUUUUAUAA